CAGGCCAGCUGCUGCUGCCCUUUCCUUUCUUCGUGUUGAAUUCUAAUCAUUACUUUCAAAGGAAAGCGUCUCUAAAGCUCCUUUAUCGAGUGUUUGUACCGGGAGGAGGGAAGCCGUGUCCAACACCCACUCUGACUGCUCCUUUUCUUCUUAACACUUGUGUUCUGCAAAUCAGGAGCACUUUCCGUCUGUAACCUGCUUCUUCAAGUCUGGAAAAAAAGUAACGUAUGGAAGAAGAUGGUAAGGAGCACUUGUGCACUAAGUGCUCUCCUGGAAAUGACUGGCUGAAGUCAUAAAGGAGGUAAAGCCCUGCAUUGAUGCCAUGAGGCUGAUUCUGGUUAAACCCACCAAUGCAACGCGGCGCCUUGACUCAACAGGUGAAGUCUUCCAUGAAGGUGACCAUGAGCAUUGUACCUCAGGAUGCCCAUCCCCUCCCAUAAAGACCCCUGAGGGGAAGCAUGAUCCAUACAGAGGAACCUCGGUUGAGACACCUUUGACCCCACAGGAGAAAAGUCAGUGCUGUGUCUCAUCUUCACCCCAUGAAACAUGCAAUGGACUCGGCCCUCCAAGAGGUUCAGCCCAGAUGUCGCCACUCAAAACUCGAAACCUAACCUUAUCGCAGCUAAGCGAUGAGGACUGGCUGCUCCUUUGUGGCCAUGUUGGCAACGCAGGAGAUGAGUCGCCCUCAGCAGAAAGAGCAGGCACCAGUGUGGGACAUCCAAACCACAAUGACAGAUGUAGAUGUCCCGGUCCUGAUGCCUCUAGUUUUCAGCCACAGUCAAAACAGGACAGGGUCCAAGACUGCCUUCCCAGGGUAACAGCUAAGAGAAGCCUUUUAUGUUCACCACAUGUUCAGCCUUUCUCUCCCAGCAGCCACAUUUCAACUACUUGCCAGGUUUUACCACAGCAAACAAACCAAAGUGAGCUUUUGAAUCCUGCAACAAACCGUCUCAAAGAUCAUUUCAUGCCUCAGUGCACCAACCAAGAAGGUGGAAAAGAACAGCCCUGCAAUCAUUAUAAACUGAAAGACAGCAGCCAAGCAACAAAUUUGUUCAACAUUCCUCUAGACUCAGUCGAGUGUAAACAAAAACUCCAAAAGCAGCCUCAUCCUGCUGCUGGUGCAGAUGUCAACUGGAGAGACCUUUUCGGUAAAGAGCCGCUGUUAGUUCAGCAACAGCGAAAGCAAGAGUUCCACUGCCUGAUCGCAGGCGAUCAAACAUCUGGAGAUCCGUCCACCAUCUUCAAGUGCCACCACCUCCCUCACGACUCCCUGACAAGCCAAAUAAAAAGAUCGUCUACACCAGUCAGCAACAAAAGUGUCACAUCUUUCUCCAUCAGUCAGUAUAGUUCCCUAGAGAUUCAAGAUUUAAUGGAUGAGAAAACAAGACAGCGACAAAGUCAGACAGUCUCUCAGGGGUCUAAAGUCUCCCUUCCUAAACACACUCCUCCACCUCCCGAAGCCUUACAAAGCAGUGGCAUACUUAACGGGGAUGCAGUCCGACCCCUGAGCAGCCACGGCACUUUGAGAUCUAGUUUUUCAGAUCUUCCUUCAGGCCAGCAGCCAAUCCAGCUUCUUCACAGUGCCAUCCUGGAGGACGCCUUUUCCAAAGUCAUCCGAGAAGACUCCAGUAAGACCAACGGUGAGGAAGGUAGCACACCACCGAAGAAGACCAAGGACAUCAGCUACAGGCUGGGUCAGAGGAGAGCUCUGUUUGGGAAGCGCAAACAACUGAGCGACUACGCCUUGGUCUGUGGGAUGUUUGGCAUUAUUGUCAUGGUCAUCGAGACGGAGCUGUCAAGGGGAUUUUACACCAAGGAAUCCAUGUAUUCAUAUGUUCUAAAAGGCCUGAUCAGCCUUUCUACUGCUAUUCUGCUGGGACUCAUUGUGAUGUACCAUGCAAGGGAAAUCCAGCUCUUCAUGGUGGACAACGGGGCUGACGAUUGGAGGAUAGCAAUGACUUUUGAGCGACUUGUCUUCAUCGUGUUGGAGCUCCUCAUCUGUGCCAUUCAUCCAAUCCCAGGGAAAUACGUGUUCACCUGGACGACUCGACUGGCCUUCAGCUAUGCAGCAUCGGUGGCGUACGCCGACGUAGACAUCAUCCUCUCUGUGCCGAUGUUCCUUCGCCUCUACCUGAUUGGCCGGGUCAUGCUGCUGCACAGCAAGCUGUUCACAGACGCUUCCUCUCGCAGCAUCGGUGCGCUCAAUAAGAUCAACUUUGACACUCGUUUUGUCAUGAAGACCCUAAUGACCAUCUGUCCUGGCACAGUGCUGCUAGUCUUCAGUGUGUCCUGUUGGAUCAUUGCUGCGUGGACAGUGCGUGUUUGUGAAAGACAGGUGUCAUGUUUAAAUAGGUAUCACGAUGCACAGGAAGUAACCAGCACUUUCCUUGGAGCAAUGUGGCUCAUCUCCAUUACCUUCCUGUCCAUCGGCUAUGGGGACAUGGUCCCUCACACCUACUGUGGAAAAGGGGUUUGUCUGUUAACUGGAAUUAUGGGAGCAGGUUGUACAGCCUUAGUCGUGGCCGUUGUCGCAAGAAAAUCAGAACUCACCAGAGCUGAGAAACAUGUCCACAACUUCAUGAUGGAUACCCAAAUCUACAAAAAGAUUAAGAACACAGCAGCAAAUGUGUUGAGAGAGACAUGGCUCAUUUACAAAAACACAAAGCUGGUCAAGAAGAUUGACCAUGCCAGAGUACGCCACCAUCAGCGUAAAUUCUUGCAAGCCAUCCACCAACUGCGACGAGUGAAAAUGGAGCAAAGGAAAUUAACUGACCAGGCCAAUACAGUUGCUGAUCUUGCAAAGACUCAGAACAUGAUGUACGAUCUGGUAUCAGAGCUGCAGCAUCGAAGUGGUGAGCUGGACAGUAGGAUUGUGGCUCUGGAAGAGAAACUGGACUCCAUCCUUCAAUGUGUGCAGUCGCUGCCCGUUGUGCUUUCUCAAGCAAUAGCAAAGUUACAAAAGGAUUUCCUGGAUGACUUGGCUUGCCGUGUACACUUCCUAUCAUCCUCCCUGAGCUCUGAGUGCUGCUCAGUGCCGGCCAAGCAACUUUGUCCAGGAUCCACUGCACCGGAGACACCAUACAACUGAAUGGCCGUUCCUCAGUGCUUUUCCUUUUAGUGUGCAACCGUUUACAAUACUGGGAUGGACUUUCCCAACAUGAACUCUGCUACGUGUUUAUGGAGUCAUACACAUUCACUCCUGGGAGUUGCAGCUGCACCACCAGUGUAAGGGGAAGACCCUUUGUAAGGGGACUUUAGAGGAAAAGGAAAAACAUUAUUCCUUCAUUUCCUCUCCCAAGAGUGGGGACUGUGCAGAAGACAGAGAGAUGUUCAUGAACGAUUAAGAAGUGAAAAAAAGUUUUUUUUUAAAAAAAUGCUCAUUUUGUUUAUUAAAAUUAAAUUCUAAGACACUCAAAUAAUCUGAAAGAAAAAAAGCCCUGCAUUUCAUGGGACACUAUGGUAGUCUCUCUGCACUGCAAAUUCCUUGUAGCUUGACAAGAUUUAUUGUCUUAAUUUUAGCCAGAUUAUUUUGUCCAUCUUGUUUUGAACAUUACAAGCUAGUUUCCAGUCUCAUGUGUUAGAUGAUUAAACUUGUUUCAAGUAUAUAUUACUUUUUUUUCUUAUUUAGUCUGUAUAUCUAAAAAUGAACCAUUUUACAUUUAUUUCAAGCAAAAAUAGCUUUUAGAUAGAGUGUAAAACAAAAAUUAUAGACACUGUUUCUGAA